UGUUUUCAGACUUGGCAUCUGAAGUAUAGAAGAAGACGCCCAAAGAGCGGCAGCAUCGUUUAGCAAAUUCGAUGUUUACUUCGACCACUAAAUUAAAAAUGCACUUUGCUUGAUAAUUUACCUUAAUAUAUUUGUGCAUCUUAAAUUGUGAUGUAAAAAUGUCAACGCUUGUCUUAGACAAUGGUGCGAACUUCGCUAAAAUCGGGUACAGUCAUGAGAAAGUCAGCGUUAUCCCAAAUUGCCAAUUCCGUUCGAAGACCUCUAGGCUGAAAACAUUCACUGCCAAUCAGUUGGAUGAAAUCAAAGACCCGUCCGGACUCUUCUAUAUCCUCCCGUUUCAAAAGGGGUAUCUUGUAAACUGGGAUGUGCAGCGCAAAGUCUGGGAUCAUCUGUUUGGAAAAGAUAUGUUUAAGGUGGACUUUGCGGAUACCAACAUUGUGAUAACAGAACCGUACUUCAACUUCAGCUCAAUUCAAGAUACUAUGAAUGAGAUUCUAUUUGAAGAAUAUCAGUUCCAGUCAGCACUCAGAAUUAAUGCUGGAUCUUUGAGUGCUCAUCGAUACUUCCAUGAGAACAACUCUGAGCUGUGUUGCAUUGUGGUGGACAGCAGCUUCUCCUUCACACACAUUGUUCCUUAUUGCAGGGGAAGAAAGAUGAAAGAGGGCAUUUGCAGGAUAAAUGUUGGAGGAAAGCUUCUCACCAACCAUCUGAAGGAGAUCAUUUCAUACAGGCAGCUGCAUGUGAUGGAUGAGACUUAUGUGAUCAAUCAGGUCAAGGAAGAUGUGUGUUAUGUGUCACAAGAUUUCUACAAGGACAUGGAGAUUGCACAAUUGAAAGGUGAGGAUAAUACAGUUAUGAGAGACUAUGUGCUGCCGGAUUUCAGCUCUAUCAAAAAGGGAUUUUGCAAGCCUAGAGAGGAGAUGAAUUUUACUGGCAAAUAUAAAACUGCGGAGUUUCUACAAGGACAUGGAGAUUGCACAGUAACAGCACAACUGUUUUAAACAUUGAUAUAGGAGAUGGGCAUACCUGAGGCUUUGGUCAACUCCAUUAACAACAUGCCGGAAGAGAUGCAGCCCCACUUCUACAAGAACAUUGUUCUUACUGGCGGCAACACCUUGUUCCCUGGAUUCAGAGAUCGGGUUUACACAGAAGUCCGGGCACUCGCUCCUGUGGAGUAUCAAGUUUCUGUCGUUCUGCCACAGAAUCCUAUUUGUUACCCAUGGGAAGGAGGAAAGUUAUUGGCUGAAAACCCUGACUUUGAAGAGAUGGUGGUCACACGAGAGGAUUAUGAGGAAAAUGGACAUUAUGUGUGCGAGGAGAAGUUUGAUAUUUGAUGCAUACGAAUUGUCUGUCAUUUUGUACAGAAAAAUUGAACACUGCACAUGUUUUGUAUGAAAACUAAGCUGUACAUUGGCGUACUAUAUAUUACACUCAAUAUUACUCAAGUCAAUAGGCCUUUUGACUUUAAAUGUAAUAAUUUCGUUGUUUUCAGCCUUUUUUUAAAGAACU